AUGCCCACCAUUUUCCGCCUCACGUCACUCAUACCGCCUUCCAUUAACACACGAUUCUACACACCUCAGCCACUCGCAUCACUAUGGUCUGGGAUUGCAGCCUUCUCUUCCACGCGACAUGCCGCCAUAACAAGGGCCGCCCGUGAACAAGAGUCGGAAGAAGCUCGAGCUGCCCGUCUGGAAAGACGGCGGGAGUACAGGAAGGCCCAUCGUGCAAAAGAAUCGGAAGAAGCCCGAGAGGCCCGUCUGGAACGACAGCGCGAAUAUUACAGAGAAUGGACAAGAGGUGCUCGUGCAAGAGACUCGGAAGAAGCUCGAGCUGCUGAAGCUCAACGCCGCGAACACAAAAAGCAAUACAAUUUUGAAUACAAAAGGAAUCCAGACAAGCAGGCCAAGCACGCCGAGCACAAUCGUAAAAAUCACCUCAAGAACCGCGAUAAGAGCAUAUUACACAUUCGCCGAUUGCGUGCUGAGCAUCUAAGACUUCGUCGUGCCAAUGGUCUAGCCUCUUUCAUUCGCGGGUCCAAACGCUGGGCCCAAGAGAAUUGGUCCUGGCCGACCCAUCAAGUUGUUCUCACUGCUGCUCGCAUCGAUCGCCACUGCACAAGCUGCAAUCAAAUCCGCCGUCUGAACCUCUGGUGGAAAGAAAAACAUCCACCCCAAGGUCUAGAGACCGAGCCACCCCACGAUCGAUACAUGUGCAACUCCUGCUUUGCCAACAGCUGGGAACUUGUGGUUCCUGAGGGCAGCAUUGAAAAACUGCCACCUCUGCUCACCUCACCAGACCAUCCUCCACCUUCGAGACUUAAAGACACGAAGGCACAAUAA